AUGGAGGACUCCGAGUCAUCCUCGACGGAUCUCGCGUCCUCCCAUCUUCCGACUGCCUGUCCGUCACCUGCAAAACCAGACGAAUCGCAUGCCCAUGCGCUGUCUGAUACUACGCUGCACUCCUCGGCGCAUUCGAAUGCUACCCUCGCGAAUGCCCACCUCUCAUUCGGACCAGCUAUCACGCCUGCCUCACUGCCUCGAUACCACGUCCGCGCUCCGUCUACCGCUUUGAAGCUCGAAACCGAUCUCGCACCGUUCGCAACCGCCUCGCCCUCCUAUACGCUGCUCAAUCCAUCCACGGUGGAGGGCAACGGGGGGGACCCGCUGCGGCAGUCGGCCACAGCGCCGAUUGCGAUACAUGAGGGCUACUUGAGGUCUGCCUGGUCUACAGCCAGCUUGGGCUCCUUGUCACCAGCCUCGGCCCUCUCCUCGCCUGCACUCAACGCCCUCGGUGACAUCACCCCGCUCCCAUCGCCUCUGGUAAUGAGUGACUCGCCUGGCCCAUGGCAAAGAGCUGUACCUCGUCCCUCCUCUCGCGAUGACUCGUUCGCCAUGUUCAACAAGGGCACUCUCUCCCCAUCACCCUCAUUCAAGAAGAAAGGGUACCAGAGGUUAAAGACCGCCGCUCUUGAGGCAGCGGCAGCCGCGAGCUCUAUAACGCAGCACAAGAACGAGGCAGCUCGCGAACGCAAUAGGAGCCUUAGCGAAUACGUGCCGGAAUCAUUACACAACAUCCGGCCUCGACAUGUCACACACGGCAACACAGCAGCAGAGGCUGUGCAGCACUUGCACCGCGAGGAGUAUCUUGCGACACAAAGAGGUCUGGUACCUGCAAGAGUCCCUGCUGGCCUUCCGACACCACCCGCGAGCAAUGCAAGCAAUCGUAGUGUGACUGAUAACGAGGAAGAGGACGUCACCGAAGACGACAAGACCCAGUAUAUAGUCGUACGACAGGGACCCCAGAAGACGAAGAAGCUCUGGCGCCCCGUCCGACAACUCGGACAGGGCACUUUUAGCAAAGUCUACUUGGCAACAUGCGAAAAAACAUCCGCCACAGAUCCGCUUGAUGAGGACUUGUUAGAUCCUCGCAAGUUGGUCGCCAUUAAAGUCUGUGAACACGGUCCUGCUGGCGGGGCGGAUGAGGAGCGCGUAGAACUUAGCCUCAAGCGUGAGGUCGAAAUGCUUCGAUCAGUUUCCCAUCCGUCUCUCGUACAUCUUCAAGCUUUCGACCACGACAACCAUCAAGCUCUCAUUGUCCUCACCUACUGUCCUGGUGGUGACCUUUUCGAUGUGGCCAGUGGACAUCGAGACACACUAACUGUGAGCAUCGUUCAACGUGUAUUCGCCGAGAUGGUCAGCGCCGUAAGAUAUCUUCACAGUCAAUUCAUCGUGCACCGCGACAUCAAGCUAGAAAACAUCCUUCUCAACAUCCCGGUGUCUACCGUACCCUUACUGAAGAAUCCUCAAGCUCACCCGCAUGCCAUAGCGACACUCACAGACCUGGGCCUCUCCCGACGUAUCCCCGCCCCACCUGAAUCACCCCUCUUAACCACCCGAUGCGGUAGUGAAGAUUAUGCUGCACCAGAGAUCCUCUUGGGUCAGCCCUACGACGGCCGUUCAACUGACGCUUGGGCCCUGGGCGUUCUACUUUACGCUUUAAUGGAGGGUCGUCUACCUUUCGAUCCACCCCCUGGCAAGGCCGCAUCACGUAGUAGAGCCGCGCACCGCAUUGCCAGGUGUGACUGGGUAUGGGUCAAAUUCGGCAAUGAGGAUGGCGAGUGGGAUCCCGAGAAGGGCGUAGAGUGGGCUGGUGCACGAGAGUGUGUCGAGGGACUAUUAAAGAAGGUCUCUCGUGGGCGGAAGAGCUUAGAAGAUAUUGAGAAGGUGGAAUGGGUGCAGCAAGGCAUCCAGGUUGAAGGAGGUCUGAAGAAGAGGCCUGAAGACGAGGUUGUGGAAGAUAAUUCGCCGCAGAUGCCUUCGAGGUGA